GACGACUUUCACUUUGUGGAGAGCAAUGCGUGAGGAUCCGAGAGACAUGUCAAAGUCGCCAUAGCCAUUCACUUGAUUUCUCGCCAUGCUCUGAUCCAACUCGCCUUCUUUCCUUCCUCUUCUUGUCGUCAAAACACCAUCCGCGCCUGUCCCCUUGGAGAGUGAUCCUUCUCGACGACAAGACGCGACCGAGCCUCCGCCCUUCGCAGCCACGCGCAAUCCGACAGCGAUGACCAGCGACUGAAGAUUGGAAUCAUGGCCACGACCGAUCCCAACCAACGUCGCUUCCGCGGAUGCGCUGGAAUCGAUGACUUUGAGAUAGUCCAAAAACUGGGCGAGGGCACUUUCGGUGUCGUCUCCAAAGCCCGAUCAAGGCGCUCUGGCACCAUCGUCGCUCUCAAAAAGAUCUUGAUACACAACGAAAAAGAUGGCUUUCCCAUUACCGCCCUGCGUGAGAUCAAGCUGCUCAAGAUGCUGUCUCACCCGAACGUCUUGACCCUCCAGGAGAUGGCUGUCGAACGCCACAAGAAAGACGUCAAGAAGCGCGCCACUCUCUACAUGGUCUGCCCUUAUAUGGAUCAUGAUCUCGCGGGAAUGACCACAAACCCCGACAUCACCUUCACCGAAGCCCAGAUCAAAUGCUACAUGCUGCAACUGCUCGAAGGCUUGCGCUAUCUCCACGACAGCCACAUCUUGCAUCGUGACAUGAAAGCUGCAAACAUCCUCAUCAACAACCGCGGUUUACUCCAGAUUGCCGAUUUUGGUCUGGCUCGUCACUACGACGGCCCUGUACCGCAACCCGGCAGAGGCAAUGGAGAGGCAGUCCGCGACUACACGACACUUGUUGUGACUAGAUGGUACCGCCCCCCAGAGCUUCUCUUGCAACUCAGACGAUACACCCCUGCAAUAGACAUGUGGGGAGCUGGCUGUGUGUUUGCCGAGAUGUUCGAAGGCCGGCCUAUUCUUGAGGGCAAAUCAGACCUUAACCAGGCGCAGAUCAUCUUCGAAUUGGUAGGUUCGCCAAACGAGGACAAUAUGCCAGGAUGGUCGCAACUCCCUGGUUGUGAGGGCGUCAAAGAGUUCGAGCCUCAGCGUGGCAAUCUUCGCAACAGGUUCCGCAAUCUGCACCCAGAAGCCCAGAACCUGCUUGCCGAACUGCUCAAGUUGGACUGGCGGAAACGUAUCAACGCCUGGGACGCGCUGAAGCAUCCCUACUUCCAUUCGCAACCGCUCCCGUCCCGUCCCGAGGACCUUCCACGCUUCGAAGAAUCACAUGAGCUUGAUCGCAGAAAGCACCACGAAAAGCGCGCCGCUAUGCCUCCUGCCCCAGCUGGCGGCACAGUUGGUAUGGGUCCUGAUGAGGCUUGGGGUGCAGGCGGUGGUCGCAACUAUGGUCCCCCGAACGGUUAUACUGGUUACGAUCGCAGAGGCCCUCGUGACCAGAGAGUUCCUCCACCCCCUCCAAGGGCUUACGACUCACGCGCUCCCUCACACGACACCCCUCCACUGGCAAGAAGACCAGCAUGGCAAAAUGGCCCCGAUUCACGCAGACCCCCAUUACCACCACCUCCACACAUGAACGGCUCAUCGCAUCUACCUCCACCUCCUCCCAAUGGCCAUCUUCCCCCUCGCCCACCUCCGCCUGCCGCAGAUGGUCGCCUAGCUCCCCGAGCCCCACCACCAAACCCAAGAGGUGGUCCAAACGUUGAUACUUAUAUUCCGAGUUACUCCGCCGCGCGUCGAGACGAUGCUGCGCCACCGAACGGCAGAAGAAACUCGCGCGACCAUGGAUAUCCCAGAGACCGACCUCCGCCCAAUGCAAGAGACAGAGAUCGAAGGACUCGUAGUAGGAGUCCAGAUCGUGAACGUCGCGAAAGGUUGCAGGAUAGGGAACGCGAGUUGUACCGUCGCUGA